UUUCAUGUUGCAGUAGAUAAAGGGAAAGUUUGCUGAAACUCAACUGCUGGCUGGCAGAACUCCCAGCUGGAGAGAACGGUAGCACCUGAUUGGAGUUGCUAUGGUGAGGAGACGUGUUGAUUUUUCUUCGGCUGCUGCUUGAGAAGAAGUGGAGCAGCUGAAAAGCAAAGAGAAGAGAGAGGAAAACUGUGGGCAAUGUGGUCGAAAAGCCCAUGUGUUCAGUCCAUAAAGCUUCAAGAAGUGGAGGUGGUGGGCCUGCUCACCGAACCUUCCUUUCACAUGGCAGCACACGCAGUGGAGACCCUUAGGAGAAAUUUCCCCAAGAAGAUAGCUGAGCCUAAAGUACUUCCUUUAUUGCAGUUUGCAUGGGAUGAAUAUCUACAAGAAAAAAAGAAGGAACUGAGAGGUGAAAUAUGGGAAUAUCCAUCCAGUGUGAUGUGUUUUGUUGAUGGUCAGCUUCUUGGAGAUGAAAAAAUGCUGCUGAAGUGGGCUUAUGAUGUUUGGGAUUAUAAAGACUUUAAGCCCACAGCACUUUAUGAAGCAAUUACAUCAGAUUUCCUCACAAAAUACUUAAAAGCCAAACAGCGUAUGUUUGUUUUCAUGGAAAUAGCAAUUCAUGAAGUUUCGAUGGGAAAAUUGCUCUUUGAGCUCUAUUCUGAUAUCUGCCCCAGAACAUGCCAUAAUUUCAAGUGUUUAUGUACAGGAGAAAAGGGGUACUCUGAGUCUGGAUUGACACUCACUUACAAGGAUUCAAUUUUUCAUCGAAUUGUAAAAAAUGGCUGGAUACAAGGAGGAGAUAUUGAUGGUGGAAAAGGAAAUGGGGGUGAAUCGAUAUAUGGACCCGUGUUUGAAGAUGAAAGUUUUGCAGUUCCCCAUGAUAAGAGAGGGGUUCUUGGAAUGGUCAACAAAGGACGUCACACCAACGGAUCCCAAUUCUACAUCACGUUACAACCUGCACCGUAUCUGAAUACCAAAUAUGUGGCUUUUGGGCAGAUAAUCGAGGGCUCACAAGUUCUCCAGGAACUGGAACUAACAGAGACAUUCAAUGAGAGACCAAAACUACAAUGUAGAAUUAUUAAUUGUAAUGUUUUUCAGCCAUGAUUACUGUAUAUUGUAGAUGUUAAUUUAGUUUUAUUGUAGAGUAUAGCUCUGUUCUGAUUGUAUGACU